UUUUACGCAGUUAAACAGAAAAAUACAAACAAGAAUUGAAGCUAAAAUCGAUGAAAAUGUGUCGUUUAAUACAUUGACGAGCUGCGGUCUGAAACAGUUAGCCCAGUUAGCCCUUUAGCUAGCUCUUCCUGUGAAAAUCACAUCUUCACAUGUCUGCAGAAAUGUUCAGGAGCCUCGUUAGACUUCAGAGUCGGAUUGGAAACAUCCUUUCUCCCGGUAAAGUGUGCACAAGAAGUCAGCGUCUUACUCUGAAAUACUCCACAGCCACAGCAGAAAGAAAAAGAUUUUAUCAAGAUGUCAGUAUAUCCCAAGGCGAAGGCGGUGUGUUUGAGAUAAACCUGGACAGAAGGAAACUGAAAACUCCUGGAGGGAAACUGUUUACGGUGCCAAAUGAAGCGUUGGCCAUCGCUGUGGCAACCGAAUGGGAUGCUCAAAAGGACACACUCAAGUUCUACACCAUGCACUUGACGACUUUGUGUAACACCGCUCAGGAUAAUCCCACCCAACGGAGCAAGGACCAAAUGAUCAACGCUGCCCUCAAGUUCCUCGAGACUGAUACUGUCUGUUACAGAGUGGAUGAGCCGCUUGGUUUGGUCGAGCUGCAGAGGAAUGAGUGGGACCCUGUGCUGCACUGGAUCGAAAACAGAUAUCAUGUCACUAUUGGCUCCUCAUCCAGUAUUUUGGGUCCUGAAAUCCCCGAAGCAACCAAAGACACGUUCAGGCAACACCUGAACUCUUACAACUUCUGGUCCCUCACAGGACUGGAGUAUGUGAUCACCCAGCUGAAGUCCGUUGUGCUGUCAAUGGGGCUGAUCGACAGACAUCUGAGUGUGGAGCAGGCCGUGCUGCUCUCCAGGCUGGAGGAGGAAUACCAGAUCCAGCGCUGGGGAAACGUGGAGUGGGCCCAUGACUAUGACAUGUAUGAGCUGAGGGCACGGACUGCUGCCGGAGCUCUUUUUGUUCACCUUUCAUCUGAAACAUCGACUGUCAAACGCAAACUUCUGCAGGACUGAUUAGAUUAAAACUCUUAGUGAGCACACAUCAGAUGUGUGCAGACAAAUGCAACACCUCCUGUUUUUGAUAUUUAGCAGAGACAGCUGCUUUGUCUGCGUUCUGUUAUUGAGUCAUCUCACCCCAGUCAAAAACACUGGCUGUCUCUUUUCAGUGUUUAUAUGUGGCAGCUGUCGAGUGUGCCACCUCUCACCGAGUUUCCAGUCGCUUCUCAGUCAUCCGUGACAUUUUGGACACUGUGCUUCGUUUCAGGAGAAUAGUGACUAAUGUUGUUGUCUGUUUGGUGCUGGAAUGUUAUGUCCAUGUUUGUCUGAUUAUAGUAAAGUGCAUAUGCUAUCCAAACAGCACAUUAAUUGUGCUGUGUAGUGUUUGUUUGUAAAAAUGUACCUAAGCACUAAAAAAUUACAAUCAAAUUUAAUUGAUAAAAUAGCUGUAUUUUGUAUUUA